ACCAAGCGCGAGGACUAUUCAGGAAGUUGGAUAAGUGUCAAUAUUGAAAAUGUAACUGUCGUCCUGAUCUCUUUAACUGUGCAGCAAUGUUUGCUUACACUUUAACAAUUAACUUCACUGGUGGGUGAAUUAAUGGUGUAUUCUUUGUAAGACAUGUGUUGUAUUUCAAAAAUAUUUUUCACAACUUUCAUUCUGCAAUGAAUUUGAGGUGAAUAGAAUGCGGAUUAAAAUUUAGAGACGAUUGUUUGUGGUAUUUAAACUACAUAAGGGUUAAAUGUGGUUUACAAACCAGAUUAACCAUCGGGACGUUGGCAUUUGUAGACUGUGGAUAUAUGUCAAAUAAGGAUACCAUGAGAGUGUGUGGUGAGAUGAUGUUAAAAUCAAAGCCAGUAAAACUGAAGCGUUCUCGGACGCUGAAUCCGGAAUGGUUUCCGGAUAAACCCAAAGAGAAAUCUCCGAUAGGAAAUAAAGACAUAAUCAAAAAUGGAACGGAAGAAAGUGUUACAACAACUCACAGGGUACCAGGACCUUCCUGUAAAGCAUUGAAACAUGCAGUGUCCGCAUUAAGUCGUCUUGAUGAUUUUAUCACGGAAAAACUUGGCGAAGGUUUCUUUGCAGAAGUUUUUAAGGUGACCCACCGUACCACAGGUACCGUGCAGGUGCUCAAGAUGAACAAGGUGCAGGACAACCGACCCAACGUGCUUCGGGAGCUUCAGCUCAUGAACCGACUGUCGCACAAAAACAUUCUCAGAUUUCUGGGUGUUUGUGUACAUGAAGGUCAGCUCCAUGCCCUCACAGAGUUCAUUGAUGGUGGGGAUCUGGAGCAACUUCUUGCCAAUAUCAAGGUCGAGUUGCCAUGGACGGUUCGUGUCAGCAUUGCACACGACAUUGCAGAAGGCAUGGCCUAUUUGCACUCUCGCGGAGUCAUGCAUAGGGACCUCACUUCCAAGAACGUGCUCAUAAGACGAGACAAUGGCUACACUGCAGUGGUUGGGGAUUUCGGACUUUCUGCAAAAAUACCUGACCCUUUGAGCAAGAAGCAGCUGUCUACUGUGGGGUCACCAUUCUGGAUGGCACCAGAAGUCAUCCUGGGCCAGAAGUACAAUGAACUGGCUGAUGUGUUCUCCUAUGGUGUGAUCUGCUGUGAGAUCACUGCCCGCGUGUCGUCAGAUCCCGACAAGUUGCCAAGGACUAAUAAUUUCGGAAUUGACUACAAAGCCUUCAGUGGACUGGUAGACUAUUGUCCUCUAGACUUCCUGAGGAUGGCCUUUAGAUGUUGCCAGGUUGAUGCGACAAAGCGGCCCCCCUUCACAGAGACAGAGUUACACACACAGCAGAUCUUCAAAAACCUAAAGAACGACACGGUCUUCAUGAAGGGAUACAAGAGGAUGAACUCUAUAGACGGUACAAGUUACAAAAGAUCCCGAUCGGAAGACAACAUUCUGCAGGUGAACGGUGAUGAAGACUAUGAGGAUGAAGCAUUUGAUGAUGGCAUCAGCCCCGCUGAUGUCACCUGCAGCCCAAGUCUAGUGGGCGAGGCAAUGAGCAGAGACGACCCGUUUUAUCAACCUUCCAUCUCCAACCCAUUUGCAGACAUGGCAGGCUUCAGGGAAGGCUGUAAAAUGCUGGGCAAGUCUUUUGGUGAUGUGGACUCGGUUCUGUUUGAGUUACCCUCCCCGUCUUCGCCCUCCACGCCCCCGUGCACGCCCAAUCAGAACGGGUCUGUCCCUGUCAGGCGGUCGUCCACGCCACGCAAGAGUCAGUCCCUCCCGUCUUCACCAGUUCUGCUACGCAAGGCAGCGGAGAGGCUGCAUCAGGAAUCUAUCCAUGGCUCAAACAGCAAGCGACCGUCGCUGAAUCCCAACAGGUACUCUUUCUCGGCGUACAGCACGCGGUCGAAGAGUGUGUUUUUUCCUGAGGCCGUUGCUCAGAAAUUGGCGUUUGAAAUGUAUGACACAGGCAGCCCGUAUGAAGGCUGCUCACGGGAAGGUUCUGUUGAAAGUGAUAAUAAUAACUUUCAAGUCGGUAAACCGAGGAGAUUUUCUAAUUUCGAAACUCGGAUUAGUCGACGUGGGGAUAGUUAUUCUCUUUGUAACAGUUACGCAAAUUCACGUCAGCAGUCUAUCGAUGAAACAGGGGAUAACGGGGGUAUAAGUCCUGUUGCAAAUUAUUCUGUGUACCCUAACUUGAACUAUGCUUCUGAUAGUGCCAAAGAUAUCCUGAAUAACAAUAACAACGACUUGGUAAUGAGUCCCUCAGAAUCAAAGGUGUCAUUUGAUGAACAUGAUAGUGGAUCAGAAAGUGAUAUGUUGGACCCAUGGGGUGUGCGUAGAGAGACAUUGACAAAUACAACUAUCCUUGAAGAAUGUCCAUGUUCUGUAUUGGAAGUAAUGGAAACUUCAGUGUGAUUGGGAAGGAUAGUUCUUCAGCAGUUUAAAAAUUGUAUUUUCAAGGUUACAAAAUCAGGAACAAAAUUAAUUUUAUUUUUUGGUAUUAAAUCUUGUUGAUAUCUAUAAAUGAUAAAAAAACAGCUUGUUUAAAAUGUAGUUAAACAUAUUUUUAUAGAGUAUGUUCUCUAAAUAUACCGUGUUUGUCAUGUAUUUUGGUGCAAUUUUUUAAUAUGUACAAAAAUAUUAUGUGUAAAUUGAUGUGUAAUCAGUUGUAUAUUUUCCCCUAGUUAUUUGUAUAUUGAUAAUAAAAAGAUAUGAUUGCUUCAGAUCUGAAGAAUUUUGAAAUCAUCUGGAAAGCGCAUAUUUUUAACCAGGUUUUCCGAAGGAAAAAACUGGUUAUUAGAUUGGCGAAUGCGGGCGGGCUGGCUGGCUGGCUGGCUGGCUGGCUGGCGGGCUGGCUGGCGGGCUGGCGGAAUAAGCUUGUCCGGGCCAUAACUAUGUCGUUCAUUGUCAGAUUUUAAAAUCAUUUGGCACAUUUGUUCACCAUCAUUGGAUGGUGUGUCGCGCGAAAUAAUUAAGUCGAUAUCUCCAAGGUCAAGGUCACACUUUGAGUUCAAAGGUCAAAAAUGGCCAUAAAUGAGCUUGUCCGAGCCAUAACUAUGUUGUUCAUCGUCAGAUUUUAAAAUCAUUUGGCACAUUUGUUCACCAUCAUUGGAUGGUGUGUCGGGCGAAAUAAUUACGUCGAUAUCUCCAAGGUCAAGGUCACACUUUGAGUUCAAAGGUCAAAAAUGGCCAUAAAUGAGCUUGUCCUGGCCAUAACUAUGUCAUUCAUUGUGAGAUUUUAAAAUCAUUUGGCACAUUUGUUCACCAUCAUGGGACGGUGUGUCCCACGAAAGAAUCACGUCAAUAUCUCCAAUGUCAAGGUCGCCACGACUAAAAAUAGAUUUAAAAAAAAAAAAAAAACUUACAGAGGGGGUUAAUUUUUUUUGGUCAUUUCAAAAGUUCAGUUUGAGUUUUCUCCCUUUAUCAGAUUUUUUUUUCACAAUGAAAACCUGGUUUUGUGACAAUUUUGUCCCUUGUUGUUAUUUAUUUAAUAUAAUUCCAAGUCAUAUCAUUUUUGUUUCAUGCAAGCAUGUCCUUCCUCUGUUUGAUUAUGAUGUAUUUCAGACCGUACAAAUAGGUUUUUAGUUUUUCAAGGAAUUUGUUAAUAUUGAUCUUAGAAAAAAAUGUGUUCUUAGUAUUUUAACGUAUUUGAUUUUUUAAUUGAAAGUAUAUUUUCCCUUAGACGCAAAUAUUCCGUAGUUACGGGAGCAGCAUUUCUACCUUUUGCUUAAUAUAGUUUCCCAAGUUGUAAAGUUGUCCUCAUAUCCAUAUAACAUUCACUUUGCUCAAUAUAAGAAUAAUAUUGUGUUACACUAUACUACAUAUUUUCGUUUGUUUAGAGACUAUAUCAUAAUUCAGCACAAACCUUGCGCUGCACAACUUUAAACACAAUGUUUUAUAAUCCUGUUGCUCAUGUCCAUUCUUUACAAUAGCUCAUUUUUUCAUUUUCACUUUUAUCUUUUUAAACCCAAGAUCUGACACAUUUGUUGUUGUAAGCAAAAAAGGACUAUCUAUUAACAAAACUUUUAAAAACUUAUUAAAUAAUUUAUAAUGAUGGCUGCCAAGAAAAUUGAAAUGUAUACUUUUUUGUUAGUUAAAUUUUAAUACUUGUAAAUCUCCUUUUGCUAGAUCUGAAUACUAUUGUGAUUUUUUUUGCAUUUAAUGUGUACAUUUGUAUUAAAAAUCGUGUGAUAAAUAUAUAAAAAACAUUUCCCGUAUAUUUAAGAUGUUUUGAAAAUUUUAACAAAUGUGAACAUUUGAUUUUAGUUUGUUGAGUAUAUUUGUCUAAAUUGUCCAUUCUGCUAUUUUAAAUGUUGCAUACUGGCUACCUGAUAAAUGAAAACAAAAUGCCUGCACUUGUUCAACUGAUGCACGUUAUUAUUGCUGGAGAAGAUUUAAUUCAAAUAAUUAUCAACAAGUGAAGAUUUUAUAUUAAAUGCACUUGGUGUUGAGUAAGACAAAUUGUUAAUUAUUUCUGUGAUAUGUCAAGCAUUUUGUUUUAUGUUAGUGUCAAUGUAUUAUUUUUUUUAUAUGUUGGGGGUAAAAUUACAAAAGCCAAAGAUGUUAUUGAAUUAUAAAAUUUAUUGUUAUUACCAGUAUUUAUGGUUUUAUGUAUUAAAAACUAUAGUGAAAUUUCCUACGUGUGAUAUAUGAAACUUAAUAUAUAUUCAAUCUGUAUUGAGAGAUACACAUUAUUAAAAGGCAGUUUUUCCAUAAAAAUGAUAUAAAUUAAUGUGUUUCUGAGAUUUUAAUAAAUUUUAAAAAUGUAUUACAAACAAAAAAAUAUGUGUAGGGGAUCAUUAAUGCCAGGUGAAGGUUAUUUCACUUAUAAAUGAAAAGUGAAAUAUAUCUGUUGGUGCAUAGUGUGCCGCAUUUUAUACAUCACAAAAUUAAGUGUUAGAUGAUCAAAAAUUGCGUGUUUUUAUCAUAUCAUUUUCUAUUAUUCAUGUUCCUUAUAUAAUGCAAAUUUCAAAUGACAUAUUGAUAUUACAGGUGUUGAGUGUUUUGGUCAUAUUGUUACUUCAUUGGUAUUGUGUUCUUAAUGAUGUGUUAUGUAGAUGAAUAGUCGGAAUGGUUAGUGCAAUCAAAGCAGAGAAAUAAUUUCGAAACUUUGUUACGUUUCUAUUCAUGAAACGGUUAAUCAUUUUUUCAUGUAUGUUGCUUUUAUGCACUAGGUAUACUUCCAAGUGCUGCAACUUAUUAUGAUUUCAUUCUGAAUUAUGGGGCAUUUCAAUUAUUGUGCAAAACACCAUGCUGCUCUUCUCAUACUAAAUUUCUUUGGCAUAUUUUACAAUGCACUUCAACACCGUUAUUUGGAAGUCAUCGGGACCGUUUAAAAACUUCGGAUUAACGAUAAUUCGAAAUAAACAUUUGACAGAAGACUUCUUUGAUUUUGUAAAAACACAACGUUGUGGAAUUCGCAUGGUUCGGUUACACGCUACUAUUAAUAAUUGUUUUACUUAAAAACGCAAAACUAGUCAGAUAGCAAUAGAUUUCUACUUGUAACAAACGGAUGAAUAAAACGAUUCUUUUUUUUUUCUUUUUUUUUUCUUUCUCUAAUUACAGAACAUAUCAAAUAUAAUGAAUAGCACAAAUUAUCAGAACAUAUAAAAUAUAACGAAUAGCACAAAUUAUCAAACAUAUAAAUACAUAUUAAUACAUUUUCGGAAAUGAAUUAACAUUUUUUUAAAUAAGACGCAAUAUCUCUCUGAACACCGUCGUUAGCAGCACUAAACUGGACGCGUGAAACAUAUUUCUCCAAUUUGUCAAGGACAUUGAAGAACUCACUUCCGCCCGUGUUUUGCUCGCGGAACUGCCUUACGUCGUUGAUGCAUGUGGUCACAUGUUGAUUGGAUAUCAUGUUCAUUCUUGUGUUUGCGGCCUCGUUGUCAUUGUUUUGACGACAUUAUAAAAUUAACACGCUACGCGCAGACGACAAAAGGUGUAAAAUUACGCUUAGUGUUUUGCAGUUUUGACUUCGGAUUAAAGAUUGAUAAUUAGGUGCAAAUUAUAGUGUUGUGGCAGACAGAAUCACUUCGAAUUAACGAUUUCUUCGGUUUAACGAAUUUCGGAUUAGCAAUGAAAUUUUACAUUGAACAAAGAGAACCAAAAUCGGGACCCGAACAAUACUUUGAAAUAACGUUGACUUCGGAUUAUCAGUGUUCGAAAUAACGGUGUUGAAGUGUAUGUGUGAAAAUAAAAUAUUUUACUAGAUUGAUUAUUCUUGAUUAUUUAAAUAAUUACUCUGUGCUCAUUAAUUUUUACUUUUUUAAAACAGUGUUUGCAUUCAUUUAAAUGGGAAAUGUUCAAGAUUAAAAUCCUUAGCCAAAUUCAGUUAUAAACUAAAGGAGGCAAGUUAAGAUAAAGGGAAGUAAAUGGAAAGUUUUUUAUUAUUAGCACUUUUGUAUUGGAGAAGAUUUGUUCUUCUUUAUUGAUGUUCAGUUCAUUACUUAUAUUCAUCUGGCAUUAUAACAGAAUGUAACGUUUUGUGUCAAUGAUUUUGUCUACCUCAUUAGAUAUUGAGUAAAUCCGCACAAUUUGCUUUUUACAUGGACACCAUUUCGAUAUUCUUUUCUUAAUUUAAGAUUUUGAUUAAAAGAAAACUGAAGAAAAAAAAGCUAAUUGACAAUCAUUGUAUUCCUUUUAUAAUUGCAUAUCUAUGGCACCUAUUGUUAUAGUUUUUCUGUUACUUUUUUCUGGUUCUCUUCAAGUAAUAUUCAGUUUCUCAAACAAGAUGAGGUAAUCAUCAUUAUGUACACUUAUUUCAAAACCUAUUUCUCAGGUAUAUGUAAAUAUCUUUAUAUCUUGUCAAUAUUUCCACAAACAAAAUUAUGAAAUGUAAAAUCUUUUAUUUAAAACUAUUUUUUUCCUUUGUUAGGUUUAAAUAUUGUUCAAAUGAAAGCAAUUUGCGCUGUAAACAUAUAAAAGAUACAUUUUUUUCAACUUGCUUAGUAAACUUGAACAUUAUAUUGCAAGGUAAACUAUUUAUCAUCAACUAAUUAUUUCAACAAUAUAUUUGUGCAAGCUUCUGUUUUACUUAUAACGAUGUCUGAUUGUAAAUAUUAAAUUUUUACCUCUGUACUUUCUGUAAAUUUAAAGCUUACCUUUUUGGUGUUGAACAUGUAUUUUUUAUUGAGGAAUGUUAAAGAUUCAUUUUGCAAUUUUCAUUUGCAUUAUUAUUUUUAUAAAAAAUUUGCUUUUUUACAACAUUGCUUGUUGAUUUAUCUGUUAUGAAAUGUAAAAAUGUUAAAACUCUGCUCAUGAAGACAGAAGUCCCAGCUCAUAAAAUAAAGCCUAUGUUUCUUCCAAUCAAAAGCAUAUAGAUUGGUUGUUAUUUCAAAUGUAAUUUUAAGGAGUUUGAUGUUUAUGAAAUACCUGUUUGUUUAAGGUUUGAGGCCUGUCAUGGUAAAAUGGGGCUUAAUGCAUUUGAAGAAAGAAUUGUGCUAGAAUACCAGUCCUCACAGACUGAUAGUGGUUAAUUCUAACUCGUUAUGGAUAUCUCCUCUAAGCACUAAUUACAUAUAGGCAGAAAUCAGUCCUAACUGCACAGGUUAAUCCGAGAGGACGCUGUGCGCUUGUGCAUUAAGCUUGGUUUGCAAACAACAGGCCUCAAGUGUAUGUGAUCUCUGUGUAGGUAGAUACAGAUGUUAACUGUUAUGCAAUAAAGUUACUAGUUACUUA